UAAGGAUGAUUCAUCUCGAUUUCAUCUCAAAAUGGCAGCUGAGCUUUUCAUGUGUGAUGAGAAGUCCCUUGAGGACUCAUUAUGCAAGCGUGUGAUUGUGACACGGGAUGAAAGCAUAACGAAAUGGCUUGAUCCUGAUUCUGCAACUGUGAAUAGAGAUGCGCUGGCUAAAAUUGUUUAUUCAAGAUUAUUUGAUUGGCUUGUGAACAAGAUUAAUAAUUCUAUUGGUCAAGAUCCUGAUUCAAAAUCCAUAAUCGGGGUUCUGGAUAUUUAUGGAUUUGAGAGUUUCCAGACAAACAGCUUUGAACAGUUUUGUAUCAAUUUGACAAAUGAAAAGUUGCAGCAGCAUUUCAACCAGCAUGUGUUCAAGAUGGAGCAAGAAGAAUAUACCAAGGAAGAAAUUGAGUGGAGUUACAUAGAAUUCAUUGAUAAUCAGGAUGUUCUUGAUCUCAUUGAAAAGAAGCCAGGUGGUAUCAUUGCCCUUCUGGAUGAAGCUUGUAUGUUUCCUAGAUCAACAAAUGAAACAUUUUCCCAAAAACUUUACCAGACGUUUAAGGACCAUAAACGGUUCAGCAAGCCAAAGUUGGCACGGACUGACUUCACCAUUUCUCACUAUGCUGGUGACGUUACAUACCAGACUGAGUACUUCUUGGAUAAAAACAAAGACUAUGUUGUUGCAGAGCAUCAAGCUCUCUUAAGUGCUUCCAAGUGCCACUUUGUUUCAGCUUUAUUCCCACCUUUACCUGAGGAAUCUUCAAAGACAUCGAAGUUUUCAUCAAUAGGUUCUCGGUUCAAGCAACAACUGCAAGCUUUGCUUGAAACGCUGAGUGCCACUGAGCCGCACUAUAUACGUUGUGUGAAGCCAAAUAACGUUCUUAAGCCAGCAAUUUUUGAGAACAAUGAUGUUUUGCAACAGCUUAGAUGUGGGGGAGUCAUGGAGGCUAUUAGGAUCAGUUGUGCUGGGUAUCCCACUAGAAAGCCUUUUCAGGAAUUUAUAAGUCGUUUUAGCGUCCUGGCUCCAGAAGUUCUAGAUGGGAGCUGUGAUGAGGUCACUGCUUGUAAAGGGCUUCUGGCUAAGGUGAACCUUAAAGGUUACCAGAUUGGCAAAACAAAGGUCUUUCUCAGGGCUGGUCAGAUGGCAGAACUAGAUGCUCAUCGUACGGAGCUUUUAGGUAAAUCAGCAGGCAUUAUACAGAGAAAAGUUCGCUCACAUUUGCAUCGUAAAAGCUUUAUCAUGUUGCGGUCCUCUGCCAUACAAAUCCAAGCCUUAUGCAGAGGGCAAGUAGCACGGCAUCAGUACGAGCACAUGAGGAGAGAAGCUGCCUGUGUGAUGAUUCAAAAGCAGUCACGAUCAUAUCUUGCAAGCAAAGCUUACAAGAAAACAUUAUUAUAUUUUGAGUUGAUGUGGAAAGCUUCAGAUGCUGAUUGCAGUCAAUGCCGUCGAUACUUGGAUCAUAGUCAUUAUUUAAAGACAAAGCAAGCAACAAUAACUACACAAUCUGCCUGGAGGGCAAGAGUCGCCCGGAUAGAAUUACGGAAACUUAAAAUGGCGGCUAAAGAAACAGGUGCUCUCCAAGCUGCCAAAAGUAAACUGGAAAAGGAAGUUGAAGAACUCACAUGGCAUCUGCAGUUGGAAAAACGAAUGAGGGCUGACCUUGAGGAAGCACGGAUCCAGGAAAAUGAGAAGUUGCAGUCUGCUUUGCGAGAAAUGCAACUGGAAUUCCAAGAGACCAAAGAGCUGCUUAUCAAGGAACGUGAAGCUGCAAAGAAAGUGGAGGAACAAGUCCCAGUGGUCCAGGAAGUUAAAGUUGUCGAUCAUGAAAUAAUGAAUAAACUUACUGCUGAAAAUGAGCAGCUCAAGGCUCUGGUAAGUUCAUUAGAAAACAAAAUUGAUGAAACAGAGAAAAAAUUUGAAGAAACCAGUAAGCUCAGUGAAGAACGGUUGAAGCAGGCAUUGGAGGCAGAGUCAAAGAUAAUUGAGUUGAAAACUGCCAUGCAGAGGCUCGAAGAAAAAUUGUCUGAUAUAGAGACUGAGGAUAAAAUUCUACGGCAGCAGGCACUACGGAAUUCAACUUCGAAGAGAAUGUCGGGACAUUUAUUAGUUGCAACAGGGCAGCCUUUAGAGAAUGGGCAUCAAGAACCACUUAGUUCUCAACCAUCAAAAAAGUUUGGUACAUGCGACAGUCAAUUGAGGAGAUCUCAGAUUGAACGGCAACAAGAGAGUAUAGAUGCUCUGGUCAAAUGUGUGACACAAAAUCUUGGAUUCAGUGGAGGAAAACCCAUUGCAUCAAUUACGAUAUAUAAAUGUCUUCUCCAUUGGAGAUCAUUUGAAGCAGAAAGAACCAGUGUAUUUGAUCGGCUUAUUCAGAUGGUUGGUUCUGCACUAGAGAACCAGGAGGAUAACCGUCAUAUGGUUUAUUGGCUUUCCAACACAUCUGCAUUAUUGUUCCUGCUCCAACGAAGUUUAAAAGCCCCUGGUGCAUCUAGUUCAAGUCCACAUCAGAAACCUCCGCAGCCAACAUCUUUUUUUGGAAGAAUGGCACAAGGUUUCCGUUCAUCUUCUUCUUCUGCAAACCUUUCUGUUGAUGUAGUACGUCAGGUAGAGGCCAAAUACCCAGCUUUGCUUUUUAAGCAGCAACUUACAGCAUAUGUGGAAACAAUAUAUGCAAUCAUUCGGGACAAUUUGAAGAAAGACUUGUCACCACUGCUUUCAUCUUGCAGGAAGGCACCUGAGGAACCAUCUGCGGACCCAUCUGGCAACAGUCCCUCAGCUAACCCCUGGGAGGGAAUUAUCGAGAAGCUCAAUGGGCUCCGAUGUACAUUGAAAGAAAAUUUUGUGCCUUCAAUUCUUGUUGAGAAAAUGUUCAAUCAAAUUUUCUCACAUAUCAACCUACAACUUUUUAAUAGUCUUCUUCUUCAUCAAGAGUGCUGCACUUUCAGCAACGGAGAAUAUGUGAAGGCUGGAUUAGUUGAAUUAGACCUAUGGUGUGGUGAAACAAAAGAGGAGUAUGCAGGCUUGUCCUGGGAUGAACUCAAACAUACAAGGCAAGCUGUCGGAUUCUUGGUUCUACAACAGAAAUCCAGUAUAUCUUAUGAUGAAAUUACAAAUGACCUAUGCCCGGUCCUCAGUGUUCACCAGCUAUACAGAAUGUGUACUCUGUAUGAUGAUGACAACAACACUCAGAAUGUUACCCCUGACGUAAUUUCCAGCAUGAAAAUCCUUAUGACGGAUGACUCCAGCAACGAUGACAGCCGGUCCUUUUUGCUGGAUGAGGAUUCCAGUAUUCCUUUCUCACUCGAUGAGAUCUCUAGUUCCCUACAAGAGAAGGAAUUUUCAGAUGUAAAACCUGCCUCAGAACUUCUUGAGAAUCCGGCCUUUGAAUUUUUACAGUACUAAGGCCAAUUUUUUGUAUCUUUAUUUUUCACCGUCAAAAUAGAGCUUUGGAAGAAAUAUCAAUCCCCAUUCGUUACCAGAUUGUAUAUCCGCCUUAGUUUUUCUUGCCUCUAAAAUUUUUUUCCGCCGAAUGUAACAUCCAUUGCCCUGGAUGUAUAAUUAUUUUUUAGAGUUGUAAAAUUCUCUAGGUUUUGAUAGCUCGAAGGGCAAGGAUGGUUUUACAUUCAGACCACCUUUUUUUUUUUUUUUUUCAUCUUUUCAUUUCUUUGUUAAGGGCAUCCUUGCCACCAGCAUUCUUUGUAGGUAUAGUAGGAGGAAAGAAAAUAUCAGCGUAGCAUGGUGGGAGGAACUAAUCUGAUAACAACUUGAUUCACUAAUUUAGAUUGUACAAAGCAUUCAAAAUUGAAGAUAUCUAUUCUUAGAUUUUCUUUUAGUUUUAUGCUCGAAAACACUCUGACUU